UUCAAAGUCCUUCUCCUCUCUCUUCUUCUUCUUCUUCUUCUUCAAGCUCGGAGGCAAUCCAAGCAACCAUGUCGCUUCUUCGCGCCAUCCCUCUCGUGUCCCUCCGACUAAGACCCUCCCGCGCUCUCGUCCCCGGCGUCCUCCGGCUCAAUCUCCGGCCGCCGUCGCCGCGGAAGAACGUCGGCGUCCUCCCCGUUCCUGUCGCCGCCAAUUGCUGCUGCUGUUCUACUUCCUUUUCGACUUCGUCGGAAGCCUCGGCCGCCGGUUCUCAAGCCCCAGUGGCUCCCAAGGACGGCGGGCUCGUCUGGGUGUCGAGGACCGGGCUCUGCGGCGGGCUGUCGUCCGAUGACGUGGGCAGGAGGGUCCGGAUUUGCGGGUGGGUCGCGCUUCAUCGGGUCCAUGGUGGUCUCACGUUUCUCAAUCUCAGAGACCACUCCGGCAUUGUGCAGGUCACAACCCUGCCCAAUGAGUUCCCGGAGGCCCAUGCUGCCAUAAAUCAAUCGAGGCUUGAAUAUGUGGUUUCCGUUGAAGGAAUCGUGCGGUGUCGGCCAGCUGAGUCAAUCAACAAGAAAAUAAAAACUGGGAUGAUAGAGGUUGCUGCUGAGCAUGUCCAAAUAUUGAAUACUGUUAGGUCUAAGUUGCCUUUUUUGGUCACUACCGGAGAUGACGGAAAAGAUGCAGUGAAGGAGGAGAUUCGUCUAAGAUACCGAUAUCUCGAUUUGCGCCGUCAACAAAUGUACUCCAAUAUCACACUGCGACAUAGAGUGGUCAAACUCAUUAGGCAGUACCUGGAGGAUAUGCAUGGUUUUGUGGAGAUUGAGACUCCAAUUCUUUCAAGAUCAACUCCGGAAGGUGCUCGAGAUUAUUUGGUGCCAUCAAGAGUUCAGCCAGGAACAUUUUAUGCUUUGCCCCAGAGUCCACAGCUGUUUAAGCAAAUGUUGAUGGUCUCCGGUUUUGAUAGAUAUUAUCAAAUAGCAAGAUGUUUCAGAGAUGAAGAUCUAAGGGCUGAUAGACAACCUGAAUUUACACAACUUGAUCUCGAAAUGGCUUUCAUGCCUUGGGAAGAUAUGCUGAAGCUCAAUGAGGAUUUAAUUAGAAAGGUAUUCCUGGAGAUAAAAGGCAUUGAGCUACCUGACCCUUUUCCAAGGCUCACUUACGCCGAAGCAAUGAGCAGAUAUGGUUCAGACAGACCAGAUACUCGAUAUGAGCUAGAAUUGAAAGAUGUGUCUGAUAUAUUUGUGGAGGCAUCCUUUAAGGUUUUCUCUGACGCCUUGAGAAGUGGUGGGAUUGUUAAAGCAUUAAGUGUUCCUUCAGGUGCAAACGCUUACUCCAACACAGCUCUCAAAAAAGGUGGACUUUACAGCGAAGCAAUUAGAUCUGGGGCAAAGGGCCUGCCUUUCCUGAAAGUCUUGGAAAAUGGGGAAAUUGAGGGCAUUCCUGCAUUGGUAUCAAGUUUGGGCCCUCAAAAAACGGAUUUGCUAUUGAAAAGAUGUGCUGCAGCCUCUGGUGACCUAAUUUUGUUUGCAGUUGGAGAUCCUGGUUCUGUCAAUAGAUCUCUGGACCGACUUAGGUUAUUUAUUGCACAGGAAUUAGGCUUGGUUGAUCAUUCCAGGCAUUCAAUUUUGUGGGUGACUGACUUUCCAAUGUUUGAGUGGAACGAUUCAGAGCAGAGACUUGAGGCCUUGCAUCAUCCUUUUACUGCCCCAAACCCUAAAGACAUGGAAAAUCUUUCUUCUGCUCGUGCCUUGGCUUAUGACAUGGUGUACAAUGGAGUAGAGAUUGGUGGCGGGAGCCUGCGAAUUUACAAGCGCGAAGUUCAACAAAAGGUUCUGGAAAUUGUUGGAAUCUCUCCAGAAGAGGCUGAAGCAAAGUUUGGGUACCUUCUGGAGGCUUUGGAUGCAGGUGCUCCUCCCCAUGGUGGAAUUGCGUAUGGCCUCGACAGACUGGUGAUGUUGUUGGCCAGCGCUAAUUCGAUAAGGGAUGUCAUAGCUUUUCCAAAAACGACUACUGCUCAGUGUGCCCUUACUCGUGCACCCUCGGAGGUUGAUCCUCAGCAGCUAAAAGAUCUAUCCUUGUAGGCCCAGUAACUUAUUAGAUGAGUGUGGAGCUAGCUCUUCUCUUUAUAGCUAUCAUUUUUUAAGAUGGGAUCUCUUUUUUAUCGUUUAAUCUCAUCAAUAUCUCGAGAACAUUUUAGCGGGAUAAGAAUAAAAGGAUUAAUUACAUUAGUGGCUGGAGUGUACUUCCUCGAUAGUUUGUCUCCAUAAAUGUAUCUAUUGGAAUAUCAAAAGUUUUUUGUUGAUCAGCAAAGCAGCUUUUCUUUUUGUUCU